UAUCGGUCUAUGUUCUCUUUUGAAGAAGAUGGAAUGGUGGAAAGUUUAAAUCUAUCUUCAGACGAACACUAACAUUAUUUGUUGCUGAAAAACGAUCAUUGAUUCAAUUUGUACAACCGAAGCUUGUUGGUAGAGUGAAUAAGCUAUGGAGAGUAAAUCUAGCCUCGUUAUCAACAAAACGGAAACCAAGCCCGUGCAGAUUGAGGAUGAGAUUUUCAAGAAUACGUCGAUUGUGACUGGCGAUAGCAACACUACUGUUAAUUUCCUUCCAAUCAUCGACAAGUUCUCAUACUUAAACAAACAGAGUGAUGACGUAGCUUUGCUUCUGCUUCCGGUAUUGGUAUUCCUUGGGGCCCUGAUGAUCAUAGGAAUUCUGGGUAACGGUUUGGUUUUGUAUGUGCAUAUUGCGAAAUUCAAAUCUAGCUCCACGCGCAAUUACGUCAUAGCUUUAGCCAUUUUGGAUUUACUGAGCUGCUGUUUGGGUUUGCCUGGAGAAAUGGUCGACCUGAGGUUUUCCUUCACAUUUUACUCGGACGUUCUGUGUCGCGUGAUGAGGGUGGCCACCACGUUUGCCUCCGUGGCCUCAGGGAUCACUCUCGUAGCUGUGUCAAUCGAUCGCUACUGCAGAAUCUGUCGUCCAUUGAAAGUGCAGAUAUCUCGACGUGGAACUAUCAAAAUGAUUGUAGGAUCUUGUGGAAUAGCGAUACUUUUCACGUGGCCAACUGUUGUAAUAUACGGAACUAUGACAGUAAAGACGGGUAUUCCUGGAGUAUAUGGGUCUGAAUGCUCAACAAGCGAUGUAAUCAAAAACACAAAAUAUCCAAUAGUCUACAAUGGUAUAUUGUUUCUUUUCUUCAUUUCGUCAUUUAGCUUAAUGACAAUUUUGUACAUUUUUAUAGCCAAGAAAGUCGUAAGUCAAAGCAAAUUCCGACAAAAAAUUACGGAAAGCGAAAAGCCUUCCCGUAGCAGGUCUCUGACCGGAAGUGAUAAAAUGAUCAAGCUUGACCGGGAACCGGAAGCACAUUCCUAUGCUGACGAGCAACAGUCGGAAUAUUCCAUAGCAUCUUUGGAUCCUCCGAGGAAAGGCGUAAUCCGGAAGUCAUCUUCGUUCAAAAAGUUUCAAAAGACCCAAAGGGACACGCGAAUGCUUAAGACUACUUUUAUGCUGUUCCUCAUUUCUCUUGUGUUCAUGUUGAGUUUCCUGCCGCACGUGCUGCUCAAGUCUAUCCGUGCUUUUAACAAACAGUUUGUUAGUCAGCCUACCACUAGUGUACUUGUAACGUACAAUAUAUUCGUACGAUCCUACUUCAUUAACAGCGUUGCCAAUGCCUUCAUCUACGGUUUCUGCAGUCCACGAUUCAGACAGGAAUGCCAGUCUAUUUUCAAAGUUCUCAUAUGUAAAAGGAAGUACAAUAACUGGUUUGUCUCUGGUGUAAAGCAAUGAAGUGAUAAGGAUAUUAGGGACGGUCCAUAAAUGUCAAUGGUUUUCAUAAUCCUAACAAUGUUAGGAUUGGGUUUGACCCCCCCCCCCUCCCCUAAUCCUAACAUAAAAACAUUGAUAUAAUGUGUACUACAAGAUGACUUUUAUUAACAGAUUGUGAAGCACAUCGAUAUUUAUGGACCGUCCCUAAGAAACAUUGACCUUCGCCUUCGAUGGACCGAUGUUUUACCUGAAAAGCAAUCCGAACAUGGCUUUUACCCCCCCCCCCCCCCCCCUUCCGAACAUUGUUCGUAUUGUGAAGCACAUCGAUAUUUAUGGACCGUCCCUUACUCACUGGCACCUGGAUGUUCGGUGGGGCUUUUUUUCUUUUCUCUUCUUUCCUUUUUUUUCUUUCUUCCUUUCUUUUUUUCUUUUCUUUUUUUUCUUUUUUUCGAGUGGGGCAAAAUUUCAAUUUAUUGGCUUAGAAUUUUAGUGGAUAGAUUAUCUUUUUCUGUUUCGCAUAAACCUAAUGUAUCUGAAGCUGCCAUAAACACCAGAACUACCAGGAAAACGUUGAAUUAUCUCAUACUGAUAAUAUAUUGUAAAUUUAACCCUGGCAAUUACGGAAAUGGCAAGGGCGAAAUAUAUGCAGUGGAUAAAUAGUCCACGGCAGUCUUGCGGUUAUUGUUAAUGUGUUACAAUACAGGAGUUUUAAUUUGUUAGUAUUAUAAAGUAAAUAAUUAAGUAAGGAAUGUCACACAGAACAUUGAAAGUUCCGUGAAAAUUCUACGGCAAUAUUGAUUGCUGUGCAUGGUUAAUUAACAGAGUUGAAAUUUAGAUUGCUGUAAUAGACGUACAUACUUUACCUGCCUAUAAAAGAGUACGUCCCGAGUUUGUUGAUGUGGAGUCAUCCAUAUAUAGAACGCAUGCAAAUAAAACCAACAAGCAAACAAAACACAGACGAACGAACAAACAAAAAAUGGCAUACGCAAUGGGCAUAUCCGCCACCUCCACCCCAUACGCAUAGCAUCCAAAAGCAUCUGAUAUUCGUGUGUCAAAUGCGUGACGUCACGCUGUCUAGAUAAUUGAAUUGGAUAAUAAUAUUCAGAUGUACAGAGCAUCCAUUGGGCUUUUCAGUUUAAAAACUAAGACGAGGUAUCGCGGUCGAUUAAUCUUUAACUUUUGCAGUGAAUUUGGAGAGUACAAGUACCUAAUGUUUUCAAUAUUAUUUGCUUCAUUUUUAAUUACUAGCCUGUAUACCUUUUAUAUGUUGACACCAAAAGGAAAUACUGUUAUCUUCUUCUUGUUGAUUUUGCUUAGUAACGAUGUUGAAAAAAAUCCGGGUCCUAAUCCAAAUGAAAUUAAAAAAUUUGAAAACUUAUCUAUUUUACACUUAAAUAUUCGUAGCAUACGUAACAAACUAAUUAUCCCCGAACUUUCAGAGAUAUUUGACGAUUAUCACAUCCUUUGUUUUACCGAAACUCGUCUAGAUGACAUUGUACCUAAUGAUGAAACAGUGAUUGAAAAUUAUGACGCCCUUUACAGACGAGAUAGGACAAAUCACGGUGGUGAAGUAGCAGUCUAUGUGGACUCGCAGUUAGCUCACAAAAGACGGUAUGAUUUAGAAUCGCCAUUGGAUGAAAUUAUCUGGUUAGAAAUCAUCUUGAAACACAAAUCGUUACUUGUCUCUGUAGUAUACAAAACAACACGCUCUGCACGAACCCAUCAUGCGUAAAAAUCUGUCAAAUGUAAUAAACACCCCAACACGAGUUACGGCCUAUAGUGCUGCAUUAAUAGAUCCUAUUCUUAUUUCAAAAACGUGUGAAACCAAAGAAAGUGGGGUGAUUGAAUUUAAAGAGAGUAUUAGCGACCAUAAAGCUACGUACGUUAUAUUAAAUAAUAUUUUAUGCAAUAACAAAACAUUCGAAAUGAAACUUCGGUUGUACGAUAAAGGUGAUUUUGUAAAACUCAAUAAUUGAAUGCUGAAAGAACCAUGGCAAGAACUAAUAAAUUCCGCAGAAAACUUUGAUAUCACUUGCGAACAUUUUGAAUCUAUAAUUAAACAGCCUAUUGACAACUGUAUACCUAAUUAGACAGUUACUAUUCGACCGAAUGACAAACCAUGGUUUAACAGUAAACUGAGAAAAGAACUACGAAUCAGAGAUGGAUUACGAAAAAAGGCAUUGCGGUCGAAAAGGAAGGAAAUGUUUUAUUUAAUGACGCACACAGAUAUUGAGGGAGAAAACCCACUGUCGCCACUUUAUGGGCUACUCUUUUCGAUUAGCAGCAAGGGAUCUUUUAUAUGCACCAUCCCACAGACAGGAUAACACAUACCACGGCCUUCGAUGUACCAGUGGUGGUGCACUGGCUGGAGCGAGAAAUAGCCCAAAUGGGCCCCCAUCGAUGAAAGAAAAUAUAAAAAUCAUAGGAACAAAGUAAACUGAUAGAAUUGUGUUCAGAAAGCAAAAAUGCAUAUUGGCAAUAUUUAUAAUAUAUUUUAAAUAAACACAUUUAUCGGUUACAUUCAGUGAUUUCGAAAAAGCGGAAACAUUCUACUAACCGAUAUCAUUACUAAGUUGCAUUGGAAAAAUAUUUGAAAGAAUUGUAUUCAAACAUUUAUAUAAUUAUUUUAUAUCCAAUGACCUUCUAUAUAAAUAUCAGUGCACAUAUCGCCCUAAUUACAGUGCUGUUCAUCAAUUAUUAGAAUUGUACUCCCAAAUGUAUGAAUCUUUGGACAAAAAAGAACACUUCUGUGCUGUGUUCUGUGAUAUGUCAAAGGCAUUUGAUAGAGUAUGGCACAGAGGAUUAAUCAAAUAAAUUUGAAAACUGUGGCAUAACAGGAAAUGCACGAAAUUGGAUUAAAGAUUAUAUAUCAAACAGAAAGCAUUGAGUCAUCAGAAAUGUAUUUUCACGAGUUAACAUCAUUCGUAAUUUAAAAAUGAAAAGGUAUUAGAAAAAACCCCACACAAAAAUCAUUCAAGAUCGUAAACAUGUGACGCUAUGAUAUAUUUCUGUUGAACGAGGGGACUGUUUGCAUAAAAUGUUCAUAAAUAAAUUCCAUUCAAAAUUAGCCUUUUUGAAUGACAGUUAAAUUAAUUAGCGCCUCCACGAGUCCAAACUAUUUACAAAAACCUGACAGUGAUACAUGGCUGCAUACCCUCACAUAUGUCAAAACGUCUUUUGGCAUCAAUCUUCUACAGAGAUAAGAUAAUUGAAUAUGGUUUUGGCGAAUUUGUAAUCGUAAAGUACGUUACGGCGUGUGUAAACACACGUAUACAUUUUAAAACUUCGUCGUGACGAUUGAUAGUCUUGCCUAGCAUUAGGCCUGCUGUUGAGUGGGUCUUCUCGGGAAUUGAGCUUUGUUUUGAGAGCGAAGUCCUUUGAAUUGGAUUCAAAUUGGUUUGAACGAGACCGGAUUUCCACGGAUAUAUAUCGAGUGCCUCAUCUCAUGAGGUAACGCUUGAAGGGGAUCAUAUCGAGUAUGAGCACGUAAGGGACUAUCCUGAGUUUAUUAAGGUGUUUACCGUUGACAAAGACUAUUCUAAUGACUAAAAUUACUAGAUAACUACAUUUUGGCUCUAUAUUAAAUUAUACGAAAUUAUAUCCAAAUCCACUUUAAGCUACUAGCAAACAUUAUGAUGACCAGGAGCAGUGAAUAUACAGACAGUAAUAUUGUAUGUAAACAAGAAACGCUGUAUAGUUAAUAUGUAAUUCUACUCGUUAAAAUUUUGUAAUAAUUGGAAACAUUUAACAAUGGUGGCAAACACAGAACAAUUGUGUUUUGUUUAGCGACACCACUAGAACACAUUGAUUUAUUAAUUAUCGGCCAUUGGAUGUCAAACAUAUAAAACGUUUUCACGAUUUCCUUUCGUACCUCCUCCCACCCUAAACCAUUUUCCUGUCCUGGACGGAGGAGCCGGCUUGUCCCACACCUGCGCCCAUGACAGGCGUGAGCUACAACAGCUUGCUCUGAAUAUACAUGUUAAACCGUAUGAUCUGACCUGACCUGACCUGACCUACUAUUGUACGUGUAAUUCAUGUUUGGUAUAAAAUUGCUCCAUGUUUUGUGGGUAUUUAUUUGUGCUUUUA